AUGCAUCCAAGGCAUGUCGCAAUACCAAGACUCUUGGGAAUUGGUAUUGACGGCUUUGAUGAGUACUGGUGUAUUGGUAGUAUUGGUAUUGAUGGAACUGAGAGUAUUGGUGGCAUUGGUAUUGGUGGUACUGAAAUUAUUGGUGGCAUUGGUAUUGAUGGUACUGGGGUAUUGGUGAAGAAAAUGAAUGCAGCGGAUCGGAAAUAUUUAGCCAGGGUAACAGCACCCAGCGAUGAAACUGUUCAUCAGAAAGGCCGCCCACCCAGCAAACGUUAUCCAUUUCAAAAACAGCAUCCACAAGCAUUGACACAUCUCUUAGUCGAACAUAGCCAGUCUCGUGUACCUGUACUCUAUGACCCUCGAAUUCCGCGACGGGAUCGCGAUGAUACUCAAGAACGAUACAGUCGGGCUCUUCUCACACUUUUCGUGCCUUGGCGUACCGUUUCUGAUCUUUGCAGCAGCGGUCAAACAUGGCAAGAUGCGCUUCAAGCUUCGCAAGCUCUCAUCUCUAUGCAUUCCAAGAAGGUUAUCGAAAAUAUUCAACUUCUGCAUGAAUGCAAGAAAGAUCGUGAUGAACAUUUGCUUCAAGUUAUCGCGGAAGCCCAGGCUGACAAUGGAUCGAUUGAUCCCAUGGUUUUGCCAGCUAAUCCAGCCGUUCAUGGCGAAUAUGAUAUGGACAAUAGCGAUGAAUUGCUUGAGCUGUUAGGCACUUUAGACGAAUACACAACUGCUGCAGCCAAUGCCUCCAAAAAAUCCACAGAGAGUAUAUACAUAGAAGAAACAAUCGAAGCUGUUGAGAAAGUUGGCCGCUUCACCGACAUACAUGCUCAUGAAUCAUGUACUUUGAAUGAAGAAACUCCUAAUGUGGGCCAACAGCUCGCGUCAUUUGUUUCAGCAACAUUCGAGCAUGUUCGCCUUGAUGCACAGUGGCAAGAACAGCUGAAAUCUGAGAGAGAGCGAGUUAGACGAAGUUUGAUCAUAGGCAACUAUGGCAACGAAGAUGAUACGUUGGAUUUACAUGCAGUACAGAAUGCCGUUGUCACUGUGAUAGAUUCAAAUAAUCAUGAUACAAAUGAAUUUCAAAAUCAUGGUUCAAUACUUCCAGUAGCUUCAGUCACAACUCAAUUUCCUUCGCAGAAAACCGUCGCUGAUGAAUUUACAAUGUAUUUUCUAAUUUAUGAAAAAUCGACUCUGAAAAGCGAAACAAUUUUAUCACGUUUGUAA